GCAGAGCAUCACUCAGAGGGACACAGUGAGGAGGAGUGCAGCAUCCUCCUCGCAUGCGUGCAGGACUUUUCAACAUCAUCCUGCAACCUGUCGACAUCCUCUCGCGCAAUCAAGUCCAUUCAUUAAACUGGUGAGUGUGCAACCAGAACGACAAGAUCUGGCGCAAUGAGGAGUUUGGCGCUUCUGCUGGGCGUGAAAGCCGCGUGCAUCCUGCUGGUGUCGUCGCUCUCCGGCACCGGGGCCGUCAACAACAGUGGCCGGUGGUGGGGCAUUGUCAACGUGGCCUCCUCAUCCAACCUUCUCACCAACUCCAAAAAUGUGCAGUUGGUCUUGGACCCGAGCCUGGCCCUACUGAGUCGUCGGCAGCGUCGACUGAUUAGGCAGAAUCCUGGCAUCUUGCACGCCAUCACGGCUGGACUUCACACAGCCAUAAAAGAAUGCAAGUGGCAGUUCCGUAACCGCCGCUGGAACUGCCCGACCACCCACAACCCGGCAAUAUUUGGCAAAAUUGUCAACCGUGGUUGCAGAGAGACAGCCUUUGUGUUCGCUAUCACCAGCGCGGGGGUGACUCAUGCGGUUGCUCGCUCCUGUUCAGAAGGGGCCAUUGAAUCGUGCACGUGCGAUUAUCGGCGCAGAGGUCCCGGGGGGCCAGACUGGCACUGGGGGGGGUGCAGUGACAACGUGGACUUCGGCAGGAUGUUCAGCCGUGAAUUUGUGGACUCCAGUGAGAGAGGCCGAGAUCUGCGCUACCUCACCAACCUGCACAAUAACGAGGCCGGCAGAAUGACGGUGUCCUCCGAGAUGCGUCAGGAGUGCAAGUGUCACGGGAUGUCAGGCUCCUGCACUGUUCGGACGUGUUGGAUGCGCCUCCCAAGCUUUCGUGCUGUGGGAGACUUCCUCAAGGACCGCUUUGACGGUGCAUCCCGAGUCGUUUACGCCAACAAGGGCAGCAAUCGCGCAUCACACCGAGCAGACCCUCGCCACCUGGAACCGGAAAACCCGGCUCACAAACCACCCUCUGCCAUGGAUCUGGUCUAUUUUGAGAAAUCGCCAAACUUCUGCUCUUACAAUGGUAAAACUGGCACUUUGGGAACUUCGGGUAGAACUUGCAACAGCUCUUCUCCAGGCCUGGAUGGCUGCGAGCUGCUCUGCUGCGGACGGGGGUUUAAGACCCGAGCCGAGAGUUUCACGGAGCGAUGCAACUGCACGUUCCACUGGUGCUGUCACGUCAGCUGCCUGAACUGCACCAGUACUCGAACGAUACACCAGUGUCUAUGA